AUUACGUGUCUGCACAAUUUAUAUUUGAUACUCCGACGAAACGGCCGCGUUACCACCGACUCCGAUAUCGCGGGACCGUCGCAGCGUCGAACUGCGUGUUCUCGCGUAUAUCACAAGGCUCGACAAUAUAACACGUUUGCCCGCGCGUGUUAUACGUGAGACUGUGUGUGUGUGUUUGUGUGCGCGCGCCCGGAAGAAAUUUACGUUGGGAUAAAUCCUCUCGCAUCGAGACAAUAGACACGACUGGAAAAAUGGCUGUACCGUCAGAGACCGUCAUGAACACGAAUCUCGACGACCCCGUGACGAAGGCGGUGGUCGAUAAUAUAAUGGGCAAAUUGCCGACGAAGAAGCCUCUCGUCCGAUGCGAGGACUGCGACCUUUCCUUCACGAGCCAGGCGGUGUUGGAUACGCACUUACAAGGUGCACGGCAUACUAAACAGGUAAGGUCUAGGACUAUAAUGGCGACUCUCGAGGAAACAAAGGUCUCAUUUACCAAGGAUGAUGAGACAAACGGGCUCAAAUGCAAUGUAUGUAACGUGUGCCUGAACUCUAUUCAGCAGCUGCAGACGCAUCUCAAUGGAAGCCGCCAUAAAAAGAAAUUAAUGAGAGGUAAAUGGGAUGGCAAAGAGGUUGUCACCCAAGGUCCUUCAUUGAAAUCGACUGGUAGCGCGCAACAAUCUCUUCCCGUAAAAAGAAGGGGUUUACUUACCUGCGAUAUAUGUAACAAGUUCUUCAACUCUCCGUCUCAGUAUAAUGUGCAUAUGAAUUCGGACAAACAUGCUGACAAAGUGAAGAGAUUUAAGGAUCCGAAGAAAGGAUUCUUGCCAUAUCCGCGUCGGAAAAAAGCAAAUCGAAAUAUCAAGCCCAAGGAUGAGAUACCAUCCUUGUCAAACAGCUUUGUAUCGGGCAGUUUUACGUAUCACCAAUAAGUUACGUAAUUUGCACGUUUACUUUGAGUUAUAUAUUACGCGAUAUCUUAUUAACUAAUUAAAUAAAUCGUGAUCGUUCAUGACAAUUGUAAAUAUACAUAUUUCCGUGAUUUUUUCCCGAAAGAAUUGAAGUGUUUUUUUUUCUUUUGUUCAGAAGGAAAGACACAGGAAUUUCUUUUUAAAUGGCAAUACAUGAAAACAACCGAGGCUGAUUAAUCGUUUAAUGUUAAGAUUGAGUAAUUGAAGAAUUUUUUUAAACCAUCAUAUUCUUCGAAAUGACACGAGAUAAGAGGCACAAAACAAUAUAUAGCAUAUACAAUAUUAUGUAUAUUUACAUUUUACUCUGGUUGACAAAAAUUAUACAUUGAAUUUAAUGAGCUAUAAAAUUUAAGUUAGCUG